UUUUAGGCAUAAAAUGUAUAAUAAUGCAAAACAAAAAAAAUUUGAAGUGACAAUGAAAAAUAUAGGGCAGAAAAGAAAACAUCUUACAGAUGUAGAAAUUGGACGAAUUAUUGAAGCUGCUGACCAAGGAGAGUCUCACAGAAGCAUUGGAAAGCGUUUUAAACGAGAAAACGCAACUAUUAGUAGAUUGGUAAAGAAAUACAAACACACUGGUAAAACUGAAAGGGCUGUUGGAUCUGGGAGAAAACCGAAAACUUCAAAAAUGGAAGAUCGCUACAUUCUUAAUGCUGUCAAAAAAAAUCGUAAAAUCACUCGUUCUGAGAUAAAACUAGAUUUGAACCUUACUAAUAUCUCAAAGUGGACAAUAUCUCGCAGGAUUAAAGCAUCAAGUGAUUUUUUUCUGGAAAGCAAAUUAAAAAACCUUUUGUUAGUGAAAUCAAUCGAAAAAAGCGUGUAAAGUGUGCAUUGAGCACUAAGAUUAGACAUGUGAACAAUGGGCUAACGUUAACAAAUGGAGACUGCGGCGAGUCUCCAUUUGUUUUGUAUUAUAAUGGUCGAUCCAGUGGCGUUCCUAGUUAUGGUGUCACCCGGGGCGGCAAAUAGGGUGUCACCCAUAUAUUAUAUGUAAUUAUUUUUAUAUACGAAAUUAUUAAAGCAGUAUUUAGAAACGUUGACACAUGUAAUUUUAAACCUUGUUUUCGACAAUAAUAAUUUAGUG